GGCCCAUGCUUGAGAAUUGAGAGAGCAGUCUGUGCGGCUUCGAAUCGAGUGAUGUGCAGCGAAAAGAGCAAGAGGCAAUGGCGAUGAUGCAGUGGUGCGGCGCAGUAUCGAGGCGGGUGAUGAUAACCCACAGACCUGCCCUAACAUCAGCGGGAGGAGGGGCAGCGGAGCCUAUUCUGUGUGGGCGUGGGGACAAGAAGACCAAGAAGGGGAAGAGAUUCAAGGGGUCGUACGGGAACUCCAGGCCGAAGAAGGAGAAGAAGAUUGAGCGAAUCAAGGACAAGGUCGAGGUCCCCAGGUCGACUCCUUGGCCCCUCCCUUUCAAGCUCAUCUGAUCAUCUCUCUCUAUCUUUCUAUGUUGUAGUUGUUUUAAUUUUUAUAGAUGGUUUUUUCCCUUUCUCAUUAUCAUACGACUUGUCUUUUUUAAAUAAGAUUUGCUGGAUUUUAAUUUUAAUUUCUCGUGUACGUUUCGAGGAUGAAACUCUAAUGAUUCCUUAAUGCUCUGCUUGGGGUGCAAGAGAGAAAGAAAAAUUGUCCUUUCUAGUCUUA